AUGAGCCUGAUUGUUCUGGCCUACUUCUUUGGUGGAGUCAUCAAUCAUGCUCUGAAUUUGGCCAUUCAUGAAAUAUCACAUAACUUGGCAUUCGGUCAUUCUCAGAUCUGGAAGAAUCGUGCACUUGGGAUUUUCGCAAAUUUACCAAUUGGUAUACCAACUUCAGUAACUUUCAAAAAAUACCACCUACUUCAUCAUCGCUACCAAGGGGAUGUCGAACUGGAUAUGGAUAUCCCAACGAAACUGGAAGCUAGAUUGUUCUGUACAAGAAUGACCAAGUUAAUUUGGCUUCUACUACAGCCGUGUACAUAUAGUAUCCGGCCAUUGUUUGGUCUACCUAUGUCUAUAACAUUAUGGGAACUUAUCAACGCAUUUUUCUGUCUAACUUUUGACUACCUUGUGGUGGCCCUGUGGGGAUGGAAACCACUGAUUUAUCUUUUUGCUGGUACGCUACUAACAAUGGGUGCACAUCCUGUGGCCGGUCACUUUAUCUCUGAGCAUUUUCUGCUCGACAAAGAGCAUGAAACGUAUUCAUACUACGGCAUUCUGAAUUGGGUCACAUUCAACGUUGGGUAUCACGUGGAACAUCAUGAUUUUCCAUAUAUUCCUGGAUCUCGACUGCCAAUGCUCCGAAAACUCGCUCCAGAAUUCUACGAAAAUUGGCCUCAUCACACUUCCUGGGUGAAAGUGUUGUACAAUUUUGUGAUGCGCCCAGAUAUGGGUCCGUUUGCACGUAUUUGCCGAAAGAGGUCGGAUGUCCAACAGUGUUCUGCAUGCGGAUCGAGCAAAAAUUAG